AAUAAUGGCUAUAAAGUUGAAUGCUCCUAAUUAUCACCCUACAGAUCCAAUUCUUCCACCAUACAAGUUAGAAUCGAUUGAUGAAACUCAAGAACUUUUCGAUUCAAUACCCAUUACUACUGAUUUCACUAUUUCAGAAGUUAGUAAUGAGGUUUGUGAACAAAGUUCUUGUAAUAAUAUAGUUGAGAAAUCUGAGACAAAUUUAUUGCAAUUGCCCUCUUUGACAUCAACUCAAAAUCUAUCGAAUGAUUCUAAACAAUUUUCAGAUAUUAUUGAAACUAAGAAAGAGUUACCUGAAUCCUUAAUUUCUCUAUCUUCAGAAUUCCUUAUUAGGAACGAAUCUGAUAUCGAUGUCCUUAUCCUUCUUUUACAGCAAAAAUUUCAAAUGUCGAAAGAAAAAUUGGAACAAUGGCGAGCCAAGAUUGCCUUUGAAAUGCGGGAUAACAAAAAUUAUUGGAAAAAAGAGUGCGAGAGUAUGGAUGAGGUCGCUUUCCUGAAAUACAAGCGAAAUUUUGAGGCUAAAAUGAAAGUUCCUACUACUCCACACAAAAAAGAACUGAAAAAUAAAUCGAUAGCAAUCAUUGAAUAUGUAUAA